AUGUCUCAAGAAGGAGAAAAAAAGCCUGAAACAACAAACUUCUGGCAACAACUUCGUACUAAAAAACAAGAUAAAACACAAACUGAAGUAGUGAGCAUUCGAAGUCUGUUUCGAUAUGCUAAUACUACUGAAUUAUUUUACUUAGUGUUGGGAACUAUUGCUUCUAUAGCUUUUGGUGUUUGUCUCCCAUUAGGUCUGGUAAUUUUUGGUAAUUUGGUCGAUUCAUUUAUUGAUCGAGCAGCUAAUUUAUGUUCACUCAAUUUCACAUCACUCGUUCAACAGUAUUGUCCGUCAAAUGUUACACUAACAUCAACUAAUUUUUAUACCACAGUAUCAUUGUGCAAUAUUACUAAAUCAAAUUUUGCUUUAAUUCACUAUGACAUCAAAAGUCACACAAAUAAACAAGUCUUUAUAUUAAUAAUAAUUGCUUGUGUUAAUCUUAUAUCUGGUUAUGUUCGAGUUAUAUUAUUAGAAAUAUCAGCAGAAAGACAAACUCGAACUAUUCGACAGAUUUUAUUUCAGUCUGUUCUCAAGAAAGAUGUUGUCUUUUUUGAUACUCAUAAAACUGGUGAACUUAGUGUGCGUUUUACAAAUGAUAUUAAUAAAAUUCAUGAUGGAAUUGGUAAUAAAUUUGGUUCAGUUAUUGAAGUAUUGAUAACUUUUAUAAGUUGUAUUACUAUUGGAUUCAUAAAAGGAUGGAAAUUGUCACUGGUUAUAUUUGCAUUCGCACCAAUAGUUUUCAUUAUAGCAGUAAUUUUAUUUCGAAUAGUCACUGAAAUGACUGUAAUUGAAUUGAAAGCAUAUGGAAAAGCUGGAGCAGUUGCUGAAGAAGUAUUUAUAUGUAUUAGCAUUGGGUUUUUAACUACGGUACAAGCAAGUCCUUAUUUUCAAGCAUUAUAUGAAGCUCGAGUUGCUGCUUUUGGCAUAUGGAAAAUCGUUGAUGAAAUUAAUAAUGUGGAUUCGGACAAAGGUCUUACAAAAGAUGAUCUUAUUGGUGAAAUACAUUUUUCAAAUGUUUACUUUUCUUAUCCAUCUCGACCUGAUGCUCCUAUUCUCAACAAUUUAUCGUUUAAUAUCAAAUCUGGUCAAACUGUUGCCUUGAGCUUUCAUCAAUGA